UUGACAUUUACAUUCGUUUGGAAAUACAUAAUUGUGAAAUGGGUCGGCACAAAAAUGUGGCACAAGAAGCCAUUAUGGUAGAUUUUAUGAAAGAAUAUUUAGAUCUUGCACGCGGGACAUUACAGAACAAAGACGUGAGAAAUGCUUUAUGGGCGAUGCUUGCGGACAAACUAAAUAAUCGUGGACCACCAAGCAAACCACCUGAGCGUUGGAAAAAAGUUUGGUUCGAUUGGCGCGCUGCCGUAAAAAGAAAAAUUAUGUAUGAAAGGAAUGAGGCUCACGCUGCAGAACAAGAUGAAAUACCUUAUAAAAAGACUUCAUUAUCUCCUGUUGAAUAUGAUGUCGCGCGUAUAUGUGGAUUCUUCGAUGAUGAUGCUGACAUUGACAAAGGCUCAGAUAUGCAAGAAGAUUUGAGUACACCCUCUGAGGGUGUGGCGAAUAUAAUCAAAGAAGAGUUAAUGCUCGACGAGGAAAAUGAUGAAAAUCCAAUUGACUCUCAUGUUGCGAUUGAAACUUUUAAGGACCAAACUAAUGAAAAGCCCUCAGAGGUUGAGCGCAUAAGUGUGCGCUCAUUUGCACUAUGUCAAUCAACUGCAAGUAAAAGGAAAGUUGAAGCAGAAAAAAGUGAAGGAUGUGCAGAUGCUAAAAAACGUAAUAUACGUUCAUCAGAAACAGAGGGAACUGAAAAAUUAUUUCACUUGGUAAAACAGCAAACAACAGUGAUAAAUACAGUAUCCCAAUUUCUUAACGAAAACGCCGAUUUGCAUGCGGAAAAUUUGCGUGUUAUGAAAGAAAUAAGCGAGGGUCUAAAGCAAAUGUGUGAAUCGAUUAAUAAACUAAGUGAGGCGACUAAUGAUAAACUUAAGGAACAGCGUAGGCAUAAUUAUGAGAUAGAGAAGUUGCGAAGAGAAGAAAUUUUAUUGAAAAAACAACAACUUGAACUGAACGAAUUUAAGGUAUUUGGUAAGGAAUAGAUUGGUCGAGUUAGAGCUGCAGUAUUUUAGUAAGUUACUACAUACAUACAUGUAUGUAUAUAUAUUUUUCUAUUUAAACUGAACGUUAUCGUAUAUACACAUUUAAGAUUGCCUAAGACAUUCCCAUAAAUAUGAAAAAGAAGGAAAAAAUAAA